UUUGUUAGUUGCGCCCUAAUCGCGAAUCACUCCGGAUAUGAUUGUUAGAAGUCGAAAGCUUUGUGUUUUGAAUGCAUAUUCCGCGUUAGUGAAGCUUUCCCUCAUUCUGCUCCGAUCAGUCAUCUUCGGUUUGUUUUGAUUACACAACAGACAACUCAAGAUAAUAUCUCCGUUGAUAAGCAUUUAUCAGUCUCGUGCAGUAUUAUUAUUGUUCGAUAAAAAACAAACGAAACCCCAGCAUGAGUGCAACCGGCUCGCGUGAUCUGUCCAGGUUGAACGUGGGUUUCAUUGGUGGGGGAAACAUGGCCUAUGCCAUUGCUGCUGGUUUACUCUCGAAAGGAGUCGUCCAACCCAAUCAGCUGAUUGUUUCCGCCACGUCUCUAGAAAACCUCCGAAAACGCUGGAAUCCUCUGAGAGUGGACAGAUUCACCACUGACAACGUUGCCGUUUUGCAGCAAGCAGAUGUAAUAUUUCUUUGCGUAAAACCUCACAUCCUUCCGCUGUGUCGUCGAUCGAUAGAGUCAAGCGAGACCAAGAUACCGGACUGUCGGGAAAAAGUGAUGGUUUCCAUUCUUGCGGGAGUUACCUUAGAGAGACUAACUAGUGAAUUCUCCUGCUUGAAAAUUUCGACUGUCCGCUCAAUGCCCAAUACACCGAUGCAGGUUGGUCAGGGAUGUACGAUUUAUUGCGCCAAUUUCGAACCAAAUUUUGACAAGAUUAUUCACGAACGCUACACCGAUAUUCAGUUUAUGCUCAAUCAACUGGGGCUUGCUUUUGAGGUGAAAGAAGAGCAAAUGAAUGGUAUAACUGGUUUAACCGGUUGCGGUCCGGCCUAUGUUUACGAGAUAAUAGAAGCCUUAGCCGACGGUGGUGUCAAGCAAGGUAUUCCGAGAGAAAUGGCCAUGAAGAUGGCUGCUCAAACCGUGAUGGGCGCUGCUAUGACGGUACUAGAAACCGGUAAGCAUCCGGCGGUCUUGAAGGACGAAGUGUGCUCUCCUGGUGGAGCUACCAUUUAUGGUGUACACGAACUAGAAAAGGGAGCUUUGAGGGCUACGCUUAUGAACGCAGUCGAAAAAGCUGCAAUCAGAGCUAAGGAACUGCAGUGAUCUUGUAACUUGUGAUGUGUCGUCAAAAUGUAUGUUUAGCUGUUACUACUUGCCUGAGUUGCGCAAAAAAAUGUCAAACAUUUCAACGCGCUCCAUAAAUAAAAAUACAUAAAGGCACCCACAAUGUAGUCAA